AUGUACCGAUUCGUAGUGCUGCUUACGCUAGCCACACUAGUUCUCGCCAAAGUCGGCGAGCCCGAGAAGGAUGAGCCGGUUGCUGUUAAGGUAGAAAUUCCAAAACUUUUCAAAGUUGACCUAUAUCUCUUGCAGAUUCCGACGAAACGAUCAGUGUCGGAGCCACCCAAAGACGACGAGAUGGCGGUGAAGAUUCCGAUGCGUGCGAAGCGAGGAAUCGCCAUCCAUCCGUGGCAGUGGGAGACACAGUGAGUGACCGUUCUCUCUUCCCCCUCUUCUCACUAAAACUCCUCUCCUUCCAGUCUGUGGCCGAACGCCGAAGUGCCCUAUGACAUCGCCGCGCACUACACCGCCGCCGAGCGAGCAAUCAUUCUGUCUGCCAUGGACGCGUUCCGCGACGUCUCCUGCAUCCGCUUCCGUCCGCGUCACGCCUCCGACCGUCAUUACCUACAGAUCAACAAGUACUACAAGCUCGAGCGUUGCUUCUCGUACAUUGGCCGUCAGACCAGCCGCUGGCUCUUCGGCACCGCCGCCGGAAACGUGGAGACUCGCAUGAAGCUCGACCCGUCUUGCCUUCUGUACAAUGGUCGGGGGACCGUGAUGCACGAGCUCAUGCACAUCCUCGGCUUCUACCACGAACACCAGCGGGACGACCGUGAUCGUCGCAUCUCCGGCUCGGCCUACCACUACAACUUCAAGAUCUAUCAGCGCGCCAAGUCGUACUACAUGGGCGGAUACGACGCCAACUCCAUCAUGCACUACAACUUUGGCGGUGUGCCGUGGCAGAAGCGCGACCGAUUCUCGGCUUCCGACAUUCAGCACAUCAACACGUUGUACAAGUGCGGCAAUCGGGUCGUCGUCAGCCGAGUGUCGUCGCCUUCCACGACCACCACUACUACGGUAAGUGAUGCGCGAAGCGGUCGGAAGAGACCUAAUCACGGUGAUGGGGAAGGUCGGGAAAAGAGGAAAGCGGGAACCUGUUCUUGUUGCAACUUGGCCAGGCGGCAAAAUGAACUUGAUAAGAGAGGCACAACUCGAUUACGUGUUUGCUUUUCAGAAAGCGCCUCGUCUCGUGGAAUUGUACGAUAAGAAGGCGAUCGAGUCGAACAAUUUGUUCCGCAGAAGACGUUCAUAA